GUGAAAGUCCCCCCCUUUCAAACGCAGGCUCUGCGAACCAUCUGCAUGCCAGGCGCGGCGCCGCAUAUGGGCCGCAUACAUUGCUGGUUUCGGGUGUAGAGACGAGAAGGGAUCCUGUCGGUCGUGCCCGUGAUUUGUGCGCGAGGGGCAGCCAAUGGCGCGAACGAAACCCUCGGUAGCGGCAGCGGCAGCGGCACGGCGCGAGGCCGACGCCGCGUUGGAGGCGGCGCGGCGUCAGCACCUCGCCGCGUUGGAGGUAGAGGCAGCGGCCGGUGCCGCAUAUGCCCGGGCGAGGAACGAUGGGGGCAGCAUAAGCAGCAUAAGCCCUGUGCAAGAGAUACCGCCCAGGCCCGCAUUGGGAGAGAUCCUCUGCCGCUACGGCGCCGCCUGCUACCGACCGGACUGCCUAUUCAAGCACCCCCCGGGGCGCGUCGCACAAGCGCCCGCGUGCCGCGACGGCUGGCACUGCACGCGGAAGGAUUGUGGCUUCACGCAUCCCGCCGGCGUGCGCGAGGAUGUCGAGCUGCCGUUCGAGGCGCGGAACGUUAUCCUCGGCAACGGCGGCUGCGUCGUCCAGGAAAUAAGGCGCCGCGUGCGCGACGCGCGCAUUCACAUCGAGACCGACUUCGACGCGGAACGGAUGGUGGCGGAGAUCAAGGCGAUGACGCCCGCGGCCCUCGAGCACGCGCGCGAGUACCUCGAAUGGGCGGCGUUUUCCAUGCUGCGCCGCGGCUUCAAUCCUGAUAAAGACAUCCUGCGGAACAAGGAAGGACAGGUUAGCCAGUGCUUCAGCCGCUACUGGGAUGCCAUCCGACGCGAGAAGAAGCGACGCCUCGGGCGCAAGCUCACGAAGGGCGAGGUGCGCGGGGCGAAGCGCGUGGCGGCGGCGUACGUCGCCCCGCCCGCGCCGCGCUUCUUCUGCGAGCGUGAGUGGGACCGCUUCGUCGUCGCGUCCGAGCGCGCCCGACCGCCGCCUCCGGCGUUUAGGAGCCGGAAGAGACGGCAGCGCUAUGCCCGGUCCGCCGGCGACGGCGAAUUCUACGAGCGAUGGGCCCGCGAGACGUUGCAGGGCGGCUCGCGGAAGCGCGGCCGCGACGACAGCCGCAGCCGCAGCCGCAGCCGCUCUCGCUCGCGCGACGCCUCCUCCGUCUCCCGGACCGAAAACUACUACGACUCCGAGGGUUCCUGCGACUCCGGCGACCGAAUUUGCGGUUUCUCUCCCGGUGACGUCGAGGAGCUCAUGUGCCAGGGCGUCAAGCCCUGGGACGACGACGCGGGCGACGUGCUGGCCGCGCUCUACUACUAGGAUAUAAGAAAACGGGUGUUACAAAA